GUCGCUUGAUUAAACAACGACAACAAUCGAAACUCAACAACCCAUCGCCACGCAUGUCGAUGGUGUCGGUGAUCAUCGUUUCUCCCGCGAUACUAUCGGCAUCCGGUCCAUGCUGAAUGCCAUGCUCAGAGCACAGGUCCAUCAGCGAAUGAUUGCAACAUGUCAACUCCCGUCUCCCAACGCGCAAGAGCCUCGCAUUGUACUGCCGCUUUUGUUAUUCCACCAGACCUCCUAGCCGCGGUACCCAGUGUCUCUUCUCCUCUCGUUCGUCUGCCAUCCGAGCUGCUCCUUCACCUCUUCUCGCACACGAUCGAUCCCUUGGAUCAGCUCUGCCUGGCACUUACCUGCAGACGUCUUCUCCAAGUUUCUUCAUGUCUCAGUAUGAAGAUACCCUCCGUGGCGAAGCACAGAUACCUAAACUUGCCGUCCUGUUGUCGGAUACUCCCAUUACUAAGAAGGCUGGCCCCUGUAGAUACGCGUGGGAGGCCAAGUCGAAUAUUGGCUCUCUGUUGCGAUUGUUUGUGGUAUCGACCUACCAGGAAGAGUUACUGGAUAAAGGAUGGCAACCGAUACGUUCUUAUGGAACCAGGUAGAUAUGCGCAAGAGGUUUGGGACAACAAAGUAUCGAUAUGGACGUCCAGGUUCUCGUUUCAAUGCCCGGCAUGUUGGCUCAAAGAGAGAAUGGUGAUACUGGAGCGGGCAGGCCAACUUCAGCAGCCUAUAUCGUGAACUAUUUCGUUUUAUCACCGACUACUGGCACCUUGGGGGUUCGCGAUGAAGCCGGGUGGGUUUAUUCCCUUUAGGUUUAUGAACCCUAUCGUUAGUUGUAGUGAGGUUCGGCGAUAGAGUCUUACCCGUGCCGCGGACUAGUCGUCGUGGAAACGACCCGAGGUAGACGAUGUCGUCUCUGGAUCCUUCGACGGUAUAAGACUCCCCCGCUCGCAGUGCGUGCAGAGUGCCUCGCUGUUUAUAUAAAGAUGCUAUAGACACUUGCUGCCAG